AAAUUCGCAAAGGUGAUUGGAGGAAAAGGAGGGGCAAAGUGUUCAGUUGAAGGGCGCGCGGAGAAGAGAGAAGAGACAAGAACUCGAUGGAGAGGGAAUAACCGACUCGUAAACAUUGCAUGCUCAGCGUCCGUACUUCUUCAGUUUAAAGUAAAACACCGUAGUAAUUCGAGCACAACCUUGUCUUGAGGCUGCCGCAUUUUCUUCUCUUCUGAAUGUGUGAUAUUACGAACUAUUCGAUCGCUAACUAAUAAGUUUUUUCGCAACCGGUAAAAGAGAGAAAACCGGAAGCAACGAAAACCAACAGAUCUCACUGGUAAAACGGGUUUUAGCGGGUUUAACAACUUAUCAGUUUCUUUAGAAAUCGAAAAAAGAUAACAAAGAAGAAAGAUAUAAAACACGGAAACUCAAAUAAAUUUCUAUUAAGAAAAGAAAUUCUAAGUCUAAUUAUUCUCAAAGGUAUCACAAGAUAGAACGAUGGAUUUAGUCUAUGUUCCCGCAGCCAUGAACUACAGUGACUACAGAAAUUAUCAGUAUCCAGACUUCGAGCAGCCGUGGAAUGAAGAUUAUUUUAAUUGUGGAAAGUCAAGGCAAGUUCAUUCUCAACGAUCGCUACAUCAUGAACAAAAAGUACAUUCAAAAAAAAAUUGUCAUUUGUGUCGAGAAAAUAAAAGAAGAAGUCUUGCGACUUAUAUAAGAGAAAAAUCGCGAAGAGAUUCUUGCCAGGAAAUUCACGAAGAAGAAGAAUAUAACUGCGAAGACACUAUAGAAGAGACCGUGAAAACUGAUGAUAAAACAUCAGAAAAAGCUUCGGAAAAUAAUAAAUAUUUGGAAAUCAAUAACACAACGAAAAACCCCAAAUAAAUACAGAAUAUCUAGA